AUGAUACCAAGCCAGAGCAAACAUUUGGAGACUGCUAUCGAUGACGGCUUAAAGAGUGGUAAUCUCCAAGCCCUGCUUGCAUUCUUGCAAAAGGACAUAUAUGAGGAGAGCACCAUGAAAUGCUCCGAACAGUUUCUUACCAAAUUAGAUAAACUUGUCAGCAGGCGUUUGGAUCAAAAAGAUGCAAAAUCAGCCAGUUUGGGUCUUACUAUCCUCUACAAGUGUGGAAAAAACUUAAAACUACCUGGGGGCCAAGGACUCUCUGAGCUAAUCGCUCAAGGCCUGAUCAAAAAGAUGGUGCAGUGGUUUGAGAAAUGCAGACAACUGUGGAUCCAGUGUGGCCUGCAUUGGGAUGAGACCUUGUUCACACUGUCUGAGGAUUUCUUAAACGUUUUAACGGCGGUACAUGAAACAUGCAAAGAGGGAACAUGGGAAAUUACUGAGUCCUUCCUGUAUCCCAUUGGACAGUUGGCAGUGGACCCCAGAAUCUACAUCCUGAUCAAAAAAGAGGCGAUCCGUAAAUUCAACUUAAUUCUGGACAAAAUCCCAGUGGAGCUCAAGAAAGACAGGAAGAUCCUAACAUCACAGGAGGCCUCAGAUCUCAUGAUCAAACUAGCUGGUCAAAUAUUGGAAGCUGGUGAUUAUGACUUCCAGUCUUCCCUGAUGGAGGCGCUGUUCAGAAUGGCUACUCCUAACCAGAGGAAGGAGCUGGCAGAUCAGUGGUUUAGCAUGGGCCAUGUUGCCAGCGCUUUUGCAAAGAUCAACGAUUCUGAGUUUGAGACGGCUUGCCGCAAGUUUCUGAACAUGGUGAAUGGGAUGCAGGGAGACACGAGAAGAGUGUUUUCUUACCCUUGUUUGGAAGUUUAUCUGGGCAAGUAUGAGCUACUGAUGCCUUCAGAUGAGAAUCUUGAGGAAUUUUGGAUUGACUUCAACCUUGGCAGCCACAGCAUCUCCUUUUACUUCUCCUUGACUGAUGAAGAGACACAGGAGAGCCACUGGGAUACAAUAUGCAUCAAUGAGAAUGAAGUCCAGAGCUACACGGUUACAGGGAAGGGGAAGAGGAAAGUCUUGCAGGUCGAGCUGUCAGAGGUGGUGGUUGUCGGUGCAGUGGAAGGAUCCAGUCUUACCAUCCAUUUCAGCUCCUCUCUGGAUAUCCUGCAGGCUGCUCGUAACGUCUAUGGACUCAGGACAAACAAAGGCACAUCUGUUACGAAAACUACAAUUAAAAUUGUAACGGAAGUGAACAAUACCCAGGUUGUUCCAGAGAGCCAGGUGUCCCUUGGUGAAAGUGAGAAAAGCACUAUCCCCUACCCUUUACCUACCCCAGCAGCACCUGUACAGAUGGUGACCCCUGCCAAGACCAGGAUUUCAGAGUCCACCACCUUAGUUUGCUGCAGUGCAGUAGGAAGUGCACAUAGUGCCAGUUCUGUCGCUGUUAUGCCAUCAAACACACCAGCCAAGAGGAAAGAUAAGCCAUCACUGGAGAUGGUUCGAUCACACCAUGCAACUAUUAAGACUUGUAGCCGUAACACAACACUUGGCCAAGCAAAUACAGUUGGUAUGGAAGAAAAGAGCACAGCCUCCAAACAGGUCAUCAAGAACAAGACAGACAAACACAAAAAGAAGAUAUCAGUGACAGAAGCAGUAGAUUUGAUUCUAUCUGGACAAGAAGAAGAGAAGUUUCUUGAGCAUAGUUUUGUGCCAGACACCCAGCCCAGAAAUGAGAGAAACAUAUCUUCUAGCUGGAACAAAAUGUCAAUUUCUGGGAUGCUAAUGAUGCCCACAAAGAAAAUCAGUUCUCUGCCACCACCUGAGUCUCAUUCAUGUUUAGCAGGACAGCAAGACCACCGUCCGCCCUCAGCGCAGAGAUGGUCAGUUUCAGACUCGAGCCUUGUCCGUCAAAAGGAGCUUCAUGUCGAACUCACCAAGCGCCUGCAGCAGGUUCUCGAUGAGAGGAAUCAAAAUCCUGCACCUCAGGAGCCAGCUGCACUCGAGAGAAAAAUGUCUAAUGUCAGAGGGGACUCUAAAGACAGAAGCUCAGGAGACCAGCGUGUUUCCUCGAUGUGUAUUCCCAAAGAGCAGCAGACUCAGAGAAACAACCCUGCAAAACAGAAGAGCAAAAGCCAGACUUUAUUGAAGGUAGAAGCUGUCACAGUCAAAGCAAAGGAGAGAGGAGAGAACACCUCCGCCAUGUCGACCAGUGGCAUCCACAACUCUUCACUACUUCUCAGCACAACCAAGAAAGGACAACCUGCGGCAAAAAACAAGCGGUAUCUGAAAAAGCAUCUGUUCAGUGACACAGACACAGACAAUGCUCAGACAGAGGUCAGCUGGCUGAGAGAAUCAUCAAGGAAGCAAAAACCCCAAAUUACCAAAUACUCCAGGCAGGCUCCCAUCAAACCCAAAGCUAUCCCACUUCACACAUCAUAUGAAUCUCCAGGAUCACACCAACCCUCUCCAAAAGCUUUGGCAAACAACUCUAAACCCAGUAAGCCAAAGAAGACGGUGAAGCCCGCAGCACCCAGAAGACCACGUGCAGCUGGCAAGAGGCCCAAAAGAGCUGCAGCCACCUCUACCAAAAGUUACAGAGUGCCAGAUACAGAUGACAGCCAGUCAGAACCAGAGAGGCCUCCAACUCCAAAGAAACAUUUUCUAGGCCAGCAAAGGAAGAGUGAGAAGACGUGGUCAGAGGUUCCAGAGGUAGAGAAGAGAAAAAACACCUUCUCUGAGCAAUCCACCAAGAGCUACAUAAGACAAGACAGCAAAAAGCAGUCAGAUUUGAAAAAAACAUCUGGUCUCAAGAGGCCUGAGAAUGUUCUUCAAGAAACUUCGAAGUUGAACAAGAAAAAUGUCAUCUCUGCCCAAGAACAGAUGAGUGCAUUGAAGGAUUCCUGGGCUGCCUGCCAGACCUCUUUCUGUCCGUCGCCUCCUUCCAUCGAGAAGAUGAGAUCUGCCAAGAGGUCAGCCCCAACAUUGGAUUUGACCUGCUUCCCUGUCCUCAGCCCACGGGGAUCCCCACUCCCUGCUUCCCCGAACCCUCUCUGCCAGGACACCCCCUCGCCGAUCCUGCUGCUACCCAAACCUCGCUCCACAGUCAGCAGUAAAGGAAACCGCAAGCCCUCGUCUUUCUACAGUGCAGAAAUGAAGCGCAGCAAAACUCAGUCCGUCCAGUCUGUCCACUCUCUCCCUUCAGUGGGAGGUCGAACCCUUGCACCCAGUCCUCCUGCUAGACCUGGUACAGCAGAGAUGGGUACAGUUCAACAGCGCCCGUCCUCUGCAGCUCAGUCUAAUUUCACUCUGUCCGCUCGGCCUCUCUUGACAUCCACACUCCUUGAGUUGGACAAGCCACCUGUUCCCUCUCCUCCUCAGUCACCGUCCCCUGAAGACAGCGUUAACUGUGGCCACCACUCAGGCUUCAGCAAAGUGUCUUCAGCGUCCCUAGUUUCACUGAGCCAGUCAUCCAUUAAGUCAUUAGUAAUGAGUAGCAGAAUCAAGGGCAGUCCUGCUGCUUCCGUUGCUACGUCUUUUAAAGCAGAGAAAACACCACUUUCAGACCGAGACCUAAAGCUCGCACAGCUUCAUAUGUCAGGACCCAGUCGCAAGCGUCACAUCUCCUUUUCCAGUGAUUCCGAGGAAGAUGAGAAGGAAGGAAGAAAGAUAAGCAAGAUGAGAGAACAGUGUUCUUCUCGGAUGAAGCCAAGGAAAUUGUUCAAAUCCCUCGCUGAUGUGUCUGGUGUGGAUGAGUUGAGCCAGGUGAUGCCUUAUUCCCACAUGAGCUCCAGUCACUGGGAGGCUGAAGUGGUGGACGAAGACAUGGACAUGGAUGAGGAUUUAGAGUUGCCAGAAAGUGCUGUAAACCCCAGUGACCUGUGUCAGAAGUUUAGCUCAGAGCUGAAUAAGAAGUUUCAGAAUUGUUACCAGGUGGAGGUUUACAACAAGCAGUCUAUGCAGACCAUCCAGCAGCACGUCUCCUCCAUUAAUAAGCAAGUCGUCAAACACAGGACUGAAAGGCUUGAAAAGCUUCAGAACGUCCUCUUGGAAAAGGUCAGCGAUUUGGAGCAGGAGGACACAGUGCUAAAAAGCAUGGAGAAAGAUCUGGCUGUGUACUGGAAAAAGCAGAUUGUGGCUUUUCAUUCUUACCAGGAGCAGGAAACCAGGAGAAACGAGGGCCUGAAGAGAGCCCUCCAGAGCAACACGUGUCACAGCUUGGAGUAUGAGGAGAGAAUAUUCACAUCCCAGAUGUGCCUGAUGAGAAAAGACAUGAAGUCAGUUCAGGACAGACUCCUCAGUGAGAUGCUGGAGGGGGAGCUCCAGAGUGUGAAGAGAGGACUGCAUGCUUUGUUUUUCCCGUAGUUCAGCUGCACUGAUUUCAAGGGAAAGUGUUUAUUUUUUCCAUGUU